UUAAAUGGUCCAGGCGUUUGGUAUCUUCAGAUGUCAAAUAAAUGGACAGACACUUGUUGCCUGAAUCUGCAUGAAACUAGGAGGGAUCUAUAGGAAACAUCUCACAGCUCACUCACACACAGAGACAGAGAGACGGCUGCUGACUCAGGAAUUUCUCCCUCCUCCGUCCUGUGUUUCCUCAGCGGACUGAAGCGGCUGCAGACACGUGAACGAGGCACAGCCAUGUUGGGUGUCCUCCUCAUUCUGUCCCUUUCCUCCUUGGUGGCCCUGGUGCCUCCCCCAAAGGCUGCUCCUGCCCUCUGCAAGCACUGCUGUGAUCACCUGGACCCAGCAGAGGGCAGUGGAGCCCAGCCACCCAUGGGAGAAUUCAGCGUAGUGCCAGAGGUCCGCACCUACAUCAACAUGACCAUCCUCAAAGGUGACAAAGGAGAUCGUGGUGAAAGAGGGACACCAGGUAAAGCUGGACACGAAGGCCCUCCAGGAUCCAGGGGGCCCAUGGGCUCAAAAGGCACUAAGGGCCAAGCGGGUCUUCCAGGAGACCCCUGCAAAGUCCAGUACUCUGCCUUCUCUGUUGGCCGUCGCAAAUCCCUCCACAGCCUGGAGUCCUACCAGGCACUUGUGUUUGAUACGGCCUUCGUCAACCUUGACAGCCACUUCGACAUGUUCAAGGGGAAGUUCCUCUGCCACAUCCCGGGAAUCUACUUCUUCAAUGUCAACAUUCACACAUGGAACUUCAAGGAGACAUAUCUACACAUCAUGCAAAAUAACAAAGAGCAGGCCAUUGUUUAUGCCCAGCCCAGCGACCGCUCCAUCAUGCAGAGUCAGAGCCUGAUGCUGGAGCUGGAGAUGAACGACGAAGUGUGGGUCCGACUGUACAAGAGGGAGAGGGAGAAUGCAAUUUACAGUGAUGAUGUAGACGUCUAUAUCACUUUCAGUGGAUACCUCAUCAAAGCUGAGGAAAAAUGAAUAAGAGAGAAGACAAGCUGAGGAUUUGACUGUUGAGUUCAGUAAUAUUGAAAGCAAACAAACUGAACCGACGUGGGAAAAGAAAGAAGAAAUUCUAUUCAAAAUGAAAUUGUCCUGUUCUUCCCUCAGAUUUUUAGAUAAAAAAAAACAUCCAGCAUUGGGAAAUGUGAAGUAAACUGAAUACACUCAUCACCUAAAUAAAAAACUGUCAUAAGUUUAAAAGUGUGAGCAGGGGAUCCCCUCUCUUUACACUGGUUAGCUGUCAUAACAACAAAAGUCUUGCGCUCCUUCUUUAAAGGAAAUCAAAUUCAAAUGUUUGGAAAGCACACUAAAUUACCUCUCUUGCAGAGAGUUAAACGAGAACAUUGAUACCACUCACACCUCUGUACUUUAUGGCUGGCUAUUGCUAGCAGCUGGCCAACUUAGCUUAGCACGAAGAUGGGACACAGGUGGGAACAGUUAGCCUGGCUCUGUCCAAAGAUAACAAAAUCCACCUGUCACCCACUGUCUUACUGGUGGGUUAUGUGCCAGGGCAUGUUUUUUGGUUGGGAGCAGUGAUUUCUAGGAUUUUCUGGUUGCCACUGGCAACUGGUCCCACCUCAUAAAUAAUCUGGCACAUAACCCACCACUAAAAUAACAACACUUUGGAUUUGCUGUUUAGAUUUUGUUUCUUGUCUUUAUGCUUAGCUGAGCUAACCGACCGCUAGUCGUAACUUCUUAUUUAGCACACUGGCAUGAAGAUGGUAUCAAUUCUCUCAUUUAACACUAAACAUAAAUGUAAAUAAGCAUAUUUACCAAAAUGCCAAAAAAAAGAACUACUAAUGUUCCCUUGUCGACACAGUGCAAAACUGGAUGCAUUAACAACAUCAAUAAUAUUUUAGAGAUUUUCAGUCCCACAGACUAAUAAGAUUAUUGAUUAAUUAAGGCCUAAUUUGUCAUGCAUAAUUUGCAAUCUGUUUUCUUGCAGUGACAGAAAAUGAAAACUGAAAGGUGGCUGAUAUUUAGAACUGUCUCUCUGUCAGAAUAAACUAAGCAAUGACUUAUGUAGGAUAUGGUUACGAAAAAUACAUUUAGUUUGUGAACAGAAACAUUGGUAAUUUUUUGUAUGUUUUGUAUGUGGUGCUAAAAUAUGGUGCUAAUUGAACUUAUGUUGUGUAAGGACUAAACUGGCAGUUCUGAGUCCAUUUGAGUUUUUGAAAUCUCAGUUUUUACAGAAAGCAUAAUGUUCUCACCCAGUAAGAUACUGGUUUUGGAGUUUGAUGUUAUGGGGGAUAAUUAUGUUUUCCUUUUAAAGUGUACUUGAAUGGUUUGUGCUACACAAUUUUACUAAGCGGUGCUGAUCAUUCCUUCUCUCCCUGUGUUUUUAUCACAGUAUCAUGUAAACACAAAGUGGAUGACGAGUGGAUGAUUUUUGGAAGCCCAGUGUGACAUGAAGCAGUAACAGGCCAUCUGAUGAGUGAAAGGUAUAACUGACAUUAAUAAAUAAUAAACUGUAUACCGAAAUACAGUGACAUCAACUGUCAAUCCACAAAUAUCUCUUACAGUUAUCGUUAACAUUAGUACUAACAUGACUUAAAAUGUUAUUAUUAAUACAUCAGAAUAAUCACUAAUACCACUAUUGAUACUGUAAAAGAACAAUAAUCAAUAUGAAUUGGAGUUGCAUUAUCUGUGACCACGAGAAAGAACAAGAAGAUGACACUUUCAUGGUCAUUUCUAUUUGCUUGUUUAGUUGCUUAAACUUGAAAUAUUGACCAGAAGUAUUAACUACGGUAUCAUAUCUACCUUGACUUGUCUUUGAUGCUUUGAUGUGAGUUCCUCGCUGGUGGGCAGUGAACUCUCAUGUUUAAGCUCCAGCACAGCAAAGGCAGAAACAGUUUUCACCAGAAAUUCUCAUUGUUAAUGUUGUCGUUACGAUGUUAUAACACUUGUUAAUUCUAAGUAGCACACUAAUAAUUAUAUUGGCAUUAAAACUGUGUUUUAGCCACAGAUUGAAUGUAGUUCCUUACUGUGACCACUGGAGGGCAGUGAACACUCACUGUUUUAAAUGCUAUUAUGUCAACCUCAACAGAGCCACACUUCUGGUAAAAAUGCUCAAUAUAAAACAAGCAAAAUAAACAGCGGGGUUCAUGUUUAUGUGAAGACUUAUGUUCCUGCUCUAAAAGACACCAAUAUGAUGGUGACUAUUCAUCUGCCCUCUUGUUAUCAUACUUUUCUGUCUGCUAAUCAAUGAAUGCAGCU